GAUGGUGACGUCGACGAUUUGAAGGACGAGCGGGCAAAAACCUCUCGGACGAAAUAAAGUCGACGCGAGAGCUGGCGAAAGCACAUUUAGGUCACAAUGAGCACUUCCAACACAUUAUUUAUGAGGACUUACGCCAGGAAAAGGCGCAAGUUAACAGUCUGGAUUUCACCGAAGAAGCACGAGCAGGCGUUCGACAGCUCGUCGUCGUCGGAAAGCGACGAAUCCUUUUCUGAAAACGACAAAAUCAGGAGAAGAAAACCCGUCUCGGUCGCCGCGGCCGUCCAAAGAAGAGGGCGGGACAAGCGAUAUCGGAUUAUUUCCGAGAGCGAGGAAGAGCGCUCUUUUUCUCGACAGAGGGACUAUCGUCCACCUCAAACUUCCAAAGGAAGGAAGGGUUCUUCCAAAGGAAAGUCAGCCCGCCCGACUGCGAGGAGGAAGGCCAAGGAAAACGCGCUCGCCCUCUUCCGUCCUCAGGCCGAGACCGCCAGCGGGACCAAAGUGCCGGCGUCAGUCACGAUUACGCCCAAGAAGCAGCAUCACCCGAUUGUCGGAGAGCCGCCUGAGCGAGAUCUGCCGUCGCCGUCUGCAAAAAGCCGAAAAAAUCCACUUCAAGUCAAUACGACUUCCAAUCUCCCGCAUCCUUUGCUGGGCCGCAAUGUGACUCGUCGUCGGGGCGCCGUCACCGCUAGAGUCAAAGUGUGGAAGGCAAAAGACCCCGUUGCCAACUCUUUUGACGACUUGAUUUCUGAAGAGGAAAUUCAAAUCUGCCGCCCUGACGCGAAGAAAAUGGUCCUCUUAUCAACGCCGGAUUCAAGUGCGGAGAAUUCCGCCAGCAACUUGGACGGCAGCCUCGGCCCGCCCCCCAGGAAGCCCACCUUUUGCUCCACGCCCUCAGCGAGCCCCCGUAUUCUCGCCUUCCCCGUCACCGAUCAAUCCCCGAAGCCCGCGUCUGUGUCCGUCGGCCGCGCGGGUGCGAGCCUGCGCCCAGAAGACCGGGACUCGCCGUGUUCCCCGCCACCCAUAGUGCAUCACUCCGACAAGAGCCGGCAGUCAAGUGGCGGCGAGCCGACAGGAAAACGGAACCCGCCUUUCCGCGAAGGACAUUGGGACGACCUAUUUACGGGCGCCAGGGUUCCGAAGGAGACAAGCGGAGACCGCAAGCUCGAGGGCAACGGCGGGCCGGGAAGCGAACGUCUGCUGACCGCACACAGGGCAAGCGACGGCGGUUUUCUGUCAACGGUGGAAGGCCUGCGCUCGCUGACUGAAGUUCUGAAGGAGAAGUGUUUGAGCCAAGACUGCAGCGUGCAGGUGAGGCCAUUGGACGGCCCGACCGUCGCCCAGACCGCCCGCUCCUCCUGCCUCGGCGAUCUUAGCCGGGAAACCGCCGAGCCGUUAUCGGCGGAACGCUCGUACGAGUCUCAUUUAGCCGCCGCUCAAGGCGACGCCGGCUCGCGCUCGGGCACGGACGACAAGUCGGAUUCUGAAACUUCAGAUAUUCCCGUCCACCUUUCGCUCUCGGCAGAAAUUGGACUCGCGGAAGCGUCGACUUCAAGUCACGCUGUCGAAUCCGCUCAGCGAAGCGACGGCAGCUUUGAGUUAUUCACUUGUGCCCAAUUAACAGACGUCCGUCCCGGGCAAAUCUUGGCCGACGACACGUUUGAGUGGAACGAGGUUGAACGGUCGGAGUCUGAGGAAAUUGAAAUUGCAAUCUCCCAAAGAUUGUCCCAUCGAGGCCGAUCGAGCUACGGCAGCGACUCGCCGUCCGGUGCUGAGAGCCUCUCCGUGGCCCUGGUCCAAAAAUGCAGACGCGACAAAGUCUGCGUAAGAAUAAAAAGAUUAACUCCCACACAGCUGAAGGAGUUCCGACGCAAAGGCAGAAAGUCUCCGUCCCGCGCAAAUUCUUCAGGUUUGACCGAGGAGGACCUGACGAGAAGCGAGUCGCCUCGUGAGAAAAAAGGCUGGACUCGCUCCGGCAGCGUUGUGGACUUGGACAAAGAAGCCCCCCAAAAAUGCUGGAAAGUCGAUCGACAAGCCGACCGGCCCGUCGCUAAAAAGAAGACGAAGACGAGCCUUUUGCCGGGCCCGCCGGGAGCCGCCCGAAAGGCCUGCGUCAGCGGUCUGAGCGUGAGUCGCUGGAAGAACGACAGCGGAAUGCGAACGCCGCCCACGUUCAAACGGAAGAGGGCGAGGCGGGCUGGCGACGGCGCCGUCGACCGUCCGACCUCGGCUCCGCGUGAUCAAGUGCAGCAGCUCGUGCGGCGUCCGCUGACUUUCCGCAGCCCCCGGAGGACGAGUCCGCUCGAGCCGGCCGACUUCACGCCGCGGACGCGGGACUGGAAUCGGCUGAAAGCCGCCCUCUCCGUUCACCGCAAAGUGCUGCUCACGCCGCAGACUUUGAAAAAACCGAAGCCAGCGGACAACAACCAGCUCGCGUACGACGCAGAUUUGUCAGAUGCUGAGAAAGUGUACGCCGAGUGCGGCCAGCGGGGUCCGCUUCCCUGGAACCGGUGCCUCUCCCGACUUCAGAUGAAAGCAUGCGUCAAGAUCGGGGAGGGGACUUUCGGCGAGGUCUUCUCCACCAGCAACCCGUCGGGAGAAACGGUGGCUCUUAAGGUCAUCCCAUUGGAGGGCAGCGAGAAGGUCAACGGGGAAGACCAGAAGACCUUUGGGGAGGUCCUCCAUGAGAUCAUCAUCUCCAAGGAGUUAAGCAGCCUGAAAGCAAAGCACCAGCACCAGAACCAGACCAGCAGCUUCAUCGGACUUAACGACCUCCACUGCGUCCGAGGCCGCUACCCUCCCGAGUUCCUGAAGGCCUGGGACGCCUUUGAUCGGGAAAGGGGCUCGGAGAACGACAGACCGGAUUUCUUUGAAAAUGACCAGUUGUACAUAAUGCUGGAGUUUGAGUUUGGCGGUGUGGACCUGGAGAGCAGCGACCGAACGUUGCCGUCGUUGGUGGCGGCGAAGAGCAUCCUUCACCAGGUGACGGCCGCGCUGGCCGUGGCCGAGCAGCAGCUGCGCUUCGAGCACAGGGACCUCCACUGGGGCAACGUGCUGGUGAAGACAACCAAGCAGAAGAGCGCCACCUUCCUCCUGAACGGGGAAGCCCACUCGGUGGACGUCAACGGCGUGCUGGUCCGCAUCAUUGACUACUCCUUGUCCAGACUGGAAAUCGACGGCCUGACGGUGUCCUGCGACAUCUCCGACGACGAGGAGCUCUUCUUGGGCCGGGGGGAUCGGCAGUUUGACGUCUAUCGACUCAUGAGAGAGGAGAAUGGUAACGAGUGGGAGGCCUUCCACCCUCAUUCCAACGUGCUUUGGCUCCACUACUUGUGCUCCAAGCUGCUCUCCAUGAAGUUCCGCAGAGCCGCCGGCAAGGCCGUGGAGGACGCCCGGAAGCGGCUCACCUUCUUUCGGGACCGCGUCCUGCGCUACGCUUCUGCCACCGAAGCGCUCCGAGGGUGCUCCGCGUUGAUGUAACAUUUCUGUACAGUACCGAGAAAAAAAAAAAAGUAUUAUUUCUUCCCCCCCCCCCCCCGAAUAAACUAGCUGCCCUCGGUGUCGAUUAUUGGUUGUUUGUCACUCAGC